AUGAAGGAUAUAAAAGUUUAUCUCUGUUCUUGCUUUAGACCUGUUGAAAGAUGUGUAUGUGGCAACAGGAGAAAUUGCUUUCCACCUGAAUAUAUUUACGUCAGUAAAAAGCAAACUCAACAGAUUGCUUUUACUAAGAUGCCGAAGCAAAGUGAAGGAGAAAAAGGUAUUUGCGUGACGAAAAAUGUUCUCUUGACAAACUUUCCUCACUCGUUGUUGAAGGGAGACGAAAAUAUGAGUCAUUCGCAGAUGACAAGGCGUCGUCGAGACUGGCUCACAUAA